CGUAUCGUUACCUCCUCUGUCUCCUCAACCCCCGCCCCACAGAGUCUGGCUCACGCCAUUUUGCGCCCCCCCUCCACACAGCCGAGUCACCUUUUUCCUUUCUGCACUCUCUGCCCAUCCCCGCACCCAUCCAAGCGUGUCCCGGGCCGCAGCAGCAGAAACCGCACCAUCUCUACCCCCACAUUCUCCACGCGGGACGCGCAGCCGUGCCUACAAGUGUCCUUAAAGCAGAGAUGAAUACUGCAGCUAGCCCAAUGUCUACUGCCACUUCAAGUAGUGGAAGAAGUACAGGGAAGUCUAUAAGCUUUGCAGCAGAAUUACAGAGUAUGAUGUUUUCUUUAGGUGAUGCUAGGAGGCCUCUUCAUGAAACAUCACUUUUGAUAGAAGAUGUGGUACACACUCAGUUAAUUAAUUUGUUACAGCAAGCUGCUGAAGUUUCUCAACUGCGGGGAGCAAGGGUAAUCUCUCCUGAAGAUCUUCUGUUUUUGAUGCGUAAGGAUAAGAAAAAACUUAGAAGACUGCUAAAAUAUAUGUUUAUUCGAGACUACAAAUCAAAGAUUAUCAAAGGCAUAGAUGAAGAUGAUCUUCUAGAAGACAAAUUGAGCGGCAACAAUAAUAUGAACAAAAGACAAAAAAUUGCUCAGGACUUUCUCAACUCUAUUGAUCAAACAGGAGAACUUUUGGCAAUUUUUGAAGAUGAUGAAAUUGAUGAAAUUAAGCAAGAAAGAAUGGAGAGAGCAGAAAGACAAACGCGAAUUAUGGAUUCAGCUCAAUAUGCAGAAUUCUGUGAAAGUCGACAAUUAAGUUUCUCCAAAAAAGCUUCCAAGUUUCGAGACUGGUUGGACUGUAGCAGUAUGGAGAUAAAACCCAAUGUUGGUGCUAUGGAAAUUUUGGCAUAUUUAGCAUAUGAAACUGUGGCACAGUUAGUGGAUCUGGCUCUUCUUGUGAGGCAGGACAUGGUAACCAAGGCAGGGGACCCCUUCAGCCAUGCCAUUUCUGCAACCUUUAUUCAUUAUCACAACUCUGCUGAGAGCACUGCGGCAUGUGGUGUUGAGGCUCACAGCGAUGCCAUCCAGCCCUGCCACAUCAGAGAGGCUAUUCGACGCUAUGGCCACAAGAUUGGCCCCCUUUCCCCAUUCACAAGUGCCUACCGCAGGAAUGGGAUGGCUUUUCUAGCCUGCUGAUGUGACUGUGUCUGUGCCUGCAACAACAGGAAAGGCAAUAUUAUGUUAAGGUGAUUUCUUUUCCCCCCUUGGACAAAAUAAAACACAUGUUCACCUCAUCCAUAUCCUAGGGAGUGGGCUGGUUUGUUGUGACUAUCAACUGGCUGACUCCUGUUCUUUUCCAUCCCCCUCAACGCUUAGUCUUGUUUACUAGAUGAGCCAUUUAGCUAAUUAAUGGCAGGAUGUUUGGGGUAGUGUGUAGGUGUGCAAGAAUGCAGAUCAUACUAUUUUGAAAUUUUAAU